GACCCCGCCUCGACCUCCUAUUCCCCUCCCCCUCCCUCUUCCCCUCCCAGACACAAAUUCCUGGGGGCACUUGGCCCUUUAAGACGGAGGCGCAGGCCUGGGUUAUUGUCUGCUCUCCCCACCAAUUGGAAGCGUGAGUGGGGGUGGGGGAUCCGGUAUUCUGAUUGGCCGGUCCUCAAGCACCCUCUCCCCACCUCCUGGGUCCCUGGAGCUGUCCGGCUAUCUCGGUGCUGAUCCCGCCGCUGCUGCUUGGGUCCACGGCCUGGAACCACCGAAGGAACUGGAGCCGGAGUGGAAGCAGCCACCAUGAGCGGAGGUGUCUAUGGGGGAGAUGAAGUUGGAGCGCUGGUUUUUGACAUAGGUUCCUUCUCAGUUCGAGCAGGGUAUGCUGGGGAGGACUGCCCCAAGGCUGACUUCCCCACAACAGUAGGGUUGCUGACGCUGGAGGAGGGGGGUGGGCUAGAGCUGGAUGGAGAGAAGGAGAAGAAGGGGAAAACAUUCCACAUCGACACCAAUGCCCUGCAUGUGCCACGGGAUGGGGCUGAGGUCAUGUCACCCCUCAAGAAUGGCAUGAUUGAGGACUGGGAGUGUUUCCGGGCCAUUCUGGAUCACACUUACAGCAAACAUGUCAAAUCGGAGCCAAAUCUGCACCCUGUACUCAUGUCUGAGGCCCCGUGGAACACUCGAGCCAAAAGGGAAAAACUCACAGAGCUAAUGUUCGAACAGUACAACAUUCCUGCCUUCUUCCUGUGCAAGACAGCAGUGCUCACCGCCUUUGCAAAUGGGCGCUCAACAGGCCUGGUGUUGGACAGUGGGGCCACCCACACCACAGCCAUCCCUGUGCAUGAUGGCUAUGUCCUGCAGCAAGGCAUCGUGAAGUCACCCCUGGCUGGGGACUUCAUCUCCAUGCAGUGCCGAGAGCUCUUUCAGGAAAUGGCCAUUGACAUCAUUCCGCCUUAUAUGAUUGCAGCAAAGGAGCCAGUCCGGGAAGGAGCUCCCCCAAACUGGAAGAAGAAGGAGAAGCUACCCCAGGUGUCCAAGUCCUGGCACAAUUACAUGUGCAAUGAGGUGAUCCAGGAUUUCCAAGCUUCUGUGCUGCAGGUCUCUGAUUCUCCCUAUGAUGAGCAGGUGGCUGCACAGAUGCCCACAGUACACUAUGAGAUGCCUAAUGGGUACAACACAGAUUAUGGGGCUGAGAGGCUCCGCAUCCCCGAGGGGCUGUUUGAUCCCUCCAAUGUCAAGGGUCUGUCAGGUAAUACUAUGCUGGGAGUUGGCCAUGUAGUGACUACCAGCAUCGGGAUGUGUGACAUAGACAUUCGACCGGGUCUCUAUGGCAGUGUCAUUGUCACUGGAGGGAACACACUGUUGCAAGGUUUUACUGACCGACUCAACCGAGAACUCUCCCAGAAAACACCCCCGAGCAUGCGGCUGAAACUCAUUGCCAGCAACAGCACCAUGGAACGGAAGUUCAGCCCCUGGAUUGGGGGUUCCAUUUUGGCCUCCCUGGGCACCUUCCAGCAGAUGUGGAUCUCCAAACAGGAGUAUGAGGAGGGAGGGAAGCAGUGUGUGGAGCGCAAGUGCCCCUGAGAUGCAGAGCCCAGAGCAGGGAGAGGGAAAAGGGGGUCUGAGGAGAAAGAAUCCCAGCCUGCUUUUCCCAACUCUCCUUCCCCCAAAUACUACCGGGAGAGGACGCCCCCCCAACUCUCAUUUUCUUUUUCUCUUUCUCUUUCUCUCACACACUUGCCACCCCCACCCCCACACCCUACACACAGAGAAUCCCCACUAGACCCACUCUACUGUUUUU